AUCGAGCGAUCGGAUUCGCGGGGUGGCAGAGGGGGAAGCCGAGGGGGGGCCUCGAAAUGAUAGAUACGAGGCCGGGAUAACGCGCUGGACCCCUUGCAUCUACACACGAUAGCCUCAGUUUCAGUUCGGUCACUUGCUCCUUCUAGCAGUAGAUAGUGGUGCGCUUCUUUGCAUUCUAGAGGAAGAGGGUGAGAUAGAUUAGCGGAGAAAAAAAGACGAGUUGAGAAAAAGUGGAAAAGUUAGAGAGUGCAAUGAUACUUUAGAAAGGGAAAAAAGAGAAAGGAAAUCGAGAACGAAAGAAAGAAGGAGAGAAAAAGAGAAACGGAGAACGUAACAAGGGUAAGGAAGAGAGCAAUUACGAAGAAAUAGAUCGUAACAAUAAGUCGGAGGGGUGCAAGAUUACGAGAGGACGACGUUCCGGAUCAUUUCAUCGAAGAUAUCCACCGGAAAACUUCAAAUCUGUCCCUUUAUCUCGCGAAUAUCUUCCUGAUCUUCUUCGUCAUCCCUCGUCGGCGGUGCGCGCGAGGGGAUGACUCACGACGGUGGUCCAAGACGAGAAUUGUGAAACGCGUUAUUUUCAAUAAAUACACGCGUAAUAUAUACAUAUAUAGAUACGACAUAUCGUCAUGGCAGAACGGAGGUGACCGGAUGCCGGGCGGUGCAGUGAUUCGAUUGAUUCGCUCAAGAGUGUUCGUGGCUUCCACCGAACUUCCGAGUGCCGCGUUAAGUGAAUGUACGUGUACGUGCGUGCGUUUGUGUCUCUUGCUGCGUGCGUACGUGCGUGCUUGCGUGCUUGCGAACCAGCGUCAAUCGGGGCCUUAUACAGUGAUCCCUUAGGCACUCUUGUGUACGUGCGGCUUACGAAGGAAGAAAAGGCGGUGAGUUUAUCCGAAGUGGUCCAUCCAAGAGAGCAUCAUCGUCGUCAUCAUCGUCGUCAUCGUUCUCGUCAUCAGCCCCAUCUGCGCGCUGUCGCAUUUCAAUCAGCGUAGCACAGAGGAAAUGACAGCCGGACGCGCGCGCUUCAUUGAGCUUUCUUCGAUCCUUGCGAUAGGGAAUCGCAGGGAUUGAUCGAUAUCAGGAAAGAGAGAAGGAGAGAAAGAGAAGCGGCGAGGCGGACGAGCGUCCGGAGACUGCGGUAACGCGCUUGAUCGAGAAGCGACGACGGCGGUGACUCUCGAUCAGCCGAGAGAGGAGGAGGCGAGACCUCGACGAAGAUGAUGUUCGGUAGAAUUAGACGAGAGGAGGUCUUCUCCGGCAAUGGCUGAUCGUCGCGAUGCCCGCGGCCUAUGAGUCGCUCUAUCGCGCGGACGACGAAGACGACGACGACGACGACACCAUCAUCAUCAUCAUCAUCAUCAAGUCAAGAGCCGAUUCCGGGAUCUACGCUGAUCCCGUGAUCGCGAUCGUGACGUAGCGAGCGGACGAGGAACGCGGAGGAUGAAGGGACGGUCCCUCGUAAACGAGGAACCGCUGCGUUGUCGCGAGUGAGUCGCGAGCGGUGCCGAGAAGUGUCACAGUCGCAGCAGCCAAGCUGCAGCGAGAGCGGCGAAGCGCGUGUCGAGGGAGAAAGAGAUAACGGGAGAGUCAAGUGGACGCACGUCACUUCCGUAAACAAUCAUGAGGGUGAGUGAACGUCGACCUGCGUAGUGCCGUGAACGAACGAAUCGGAUUCUUCAGUGGAAGAAGUUUGCGUGAUCAGACGAACGAUUCGGGGGACUCGCGAAAUGCGAAGUUCAAUAUUUGACUUUGGGCUACCUGCGGUGAUUGUUCGAGAUAACGAUACUGUAAAGAUUGUCAAAUGUUUGACGAGAGGAUCAGCGAAGAUUAACUCGAUUCUUUCGAGAUAAUAGUGGUGGGGUGAAAGUGAAGAGUCGCGAGUGGAAAAAGACCGAUUGGGGCCAGACUGCGCGAUCAAGUGAGUUUACUCUUUUUCCUAUUUUUUUUUCUUUUUAUCCUCAAAUUUUCGCGAUUGAGACACGAUUCAUGUCCUCCGAAGCGUCAAGGAUCAAACUGAUCGAGCGCGAUACUCGGCGCUUUCGAUAAUCUCUCGAAGGGGAUUCGGUCGGCGCUGAUCAGACUCCAUAAAAUCGUACUCUCGAUACGACAUGCGACAUGAAAUGCGACCCGUUCGUUCCAGCCGGAUGGAAAUCGGCAUCUCGAUCCCGAUCAACCGCGAUUCGCUAAUACUCUUAAUGAUAUCGUGCGCGAUCCUGGAUCCCCGAACGACCAGAUUAGCGUUCUAAUACGUGUCCGAAUCGUGGAAAGCUCGUCGCUCUCGCAAAACAGGCCGAUUCGACACGCUCGGGGUUACAUCCGAUCCAGUGUCCAGGCGGCAGAGGGACGGCAGGAGGACGAGGAGGCGAAGGAGGAGGACGAGGACGAGAAGGUGGAAGAGAAGGAGGCGGGGGUGGAGGUGACGAGAAGAGAGCAGGCAGCGCCAAGGAGGAGGAAAGACUUCCUCGGCGCGCGGUCCAACGAAGACGGGCGGGAAACGUGCGUUUGUAAUUCGGCGUGGCUGCCUUCGAGGAUGAGCGACGGCGGUCAUGCCGUGUAAUUCGAAGGUGUACCACGCAUCGUGCACGAUCGUCGCCGUCGUCGUCAUCGCCACCGCCGCCGCCACCGCCGCCGCCGCUACCACCGUCGUCGUCGUGGUGAAGCUGAGAUUGAGACACGGCAGAGUCGCAGAGACACCGCCGGAAAGAUGAGCUCGAUCGACUUCGACGAGGUGCUGGUACACGUGGGAGAGAAGGGCCGAUACCAGAACAUCAUGUACUACUUGCUGUGCAUACCCGCCACCCUGCCGGCCGCCUUCUUGGCGUUCUCGCAAGUGUUCGUGAGUGCCUCGCCAGAACACUGGUGCAGGAUACCGGAGUUGGAGAACCUGACGGACCUGAUGUCGUUGGAGGAGAGGAAGGCGCUCUCGCUGCCCUACUCGGUCAAGUCUGACGGCAGAAGGAUUUACUCCAAGUGUCAAAUGUACGACGUGAAUUACACGGAGAUAAUCGAUUCGUGGCUGCAAUACGUCGACGAUCCGCAGAACGUCACUGACGGCACGUCGCUGCCGACCACGUCGUUUCGUCCGUCGACGAGCCGAUCGCCGCCGGUCAGCAACCCCGACUGGCCGAUCAGCAAGUGCCGGUACGGAUGGAACUACGACACCAGGGACUACGACAGCACCCUCGUGACCGAGCUAGAUCUGGUAUGUGACAACAGCUGGUGGCCUUCCACGUCGACGACUUUCUUCUACGUGGGAAGCCUCUUCGGCAACGUUGUGUUCGGUUGGAUCGCCGAUAAAUGGGGCAGAAGAACGGCUUUCUUCGCGAUUCUGUUUCUCGAGGUGAUAUUCUCCAUCGCCACGAGCUUCAGUCCGAAUUACGUGAUCUACACCGCGCUGAGGACUGUGAAUGGUCUCUUUUUUCCUGCCAUUUAUCAGAUACCUUUUAUACUUGCUCUCGAGCUGAUGGGACCAAGAUAUCGGACAUUUGCCGGAAUGGUAAUCUGUAUGUUCUUCGCUACGGCAAUGUCUCUUCUGGCGUUGCUGGGAUAUUUAUUAAGGCACUGGUACACCUUAUCGUUAGCCACAUCGGUGCCUUUCAUUCUUCUCUUCAGUUACUACUGGAUCAUCCCCGAGUCACCGCGGUGGCUUCUUAGUAAAAACAGAAUAGACGAGGCGGAAGUAAUAGUUCAGAAUAUGGCGAAAAUCAAUGGCAAAAAAGUGCCUAAGAAUUUCCUCAGGAAAAUGGAGAUAGAAAUAUUAAAGAGGCAAGGAAUAUCGUGUAAUGGUAAGAAUUCCAACGACGGCAAUAUCGACAUCGAGAGCGAGAACAGAUCACCGCCAACAUCCGCGACUCCCAUGGACCUGAUUACGAAUCCGAAUAUCAGGAAAAAAUUCUUUAUUCUCGCUUUCGAUUGGGUGGCGAAUGCGGUGGUGUACAACGGACUGUCUUACAACACGACCAAUCUAGGUGUCUCCGAUUAUUUGGCUUUCUUUAUUGGAGGUAUCGUAGAGAUUCCAUCGUACUUCAUUACGUGGUACGCAAUGGACAGAUUAGGCAGACGAUGGGUACUAUGCGUGACCAUGAUGCUGGGUGGUCUCGCUUGCGUGUCGUGUAUGUUCGUGCCCGAAGACGCGGUCUGGGUGACCGUAAGCCUGGCGAUGAUCGGGAAAUUCGGUAUCGCUGCGUCCUUCGCUGUCUUCUACGUCUUCGUCGGUGAGUUACUGCCGACCGUGCUAAGGUCUCAGGCGAUGGGUAUAGCUUCCUUCAUCGCCGGUAUCGGCCUCCUCACCUUUCCCUACAUCGUUCAUUUGGCGGUCUAUUCGAGAGUCUUACCCCUGAUCGUGAUGGGCUCGCUGAGCCUUGCCGGCGCCUUCACUUCCAUAUUCCUGCCGGAAACGCUCAACAUCCACCUGCCGCAGACGAUCGAGGAGGGUGAGCAAUUCGGGGCUGAUUUCAAGCUGUGGUCCUGCCCGACGAUACCAAAAAAAGGCAAGUCCGAAACCGUGCCAUUGAGGUAUCUGGUGAACGGUGGACCGGGUAGUCGCUCGUCUACCUCGAAGAUCGCGACACAGGAAGUCGCGACACAGGAAAUUGCGACUACAUCGGAGAGCGAGAAGCUAGCUGCCGUACUGCCUUCGAAAGAAGAAGAGGCGAGGAACUUAAACGUGUCCAAGGGAGAGGAGACGAACAUCGAGACAGUUGUCAGGUCGAAAACUUCUAGCGCGAUAGUGGAAGUGAACGUGUGCCGGAAGUCGCAAUGAGCCGAAAAAAAAGAGAAAAAAAAGAAAGAGAGAGAGAGAGAGACAAUGUUAUAAGUUGAUUCUCUUUACAAACAUUGUGUUAUAUAAUUAUCAGUAUAGACACACACGCACAUUGUAUUUAUUUUUCCAUUUAUUAUAAUGUACUUCCUUUGUAAAACCUGCCUGAGUUUGUCGACAACAGUGGCACGGCUCGAUCCUUGUUUCUUUUUCUAUGCUGCAAGAAAGUGUCCUAUCGUCGCGAUGUAUGCGUGUGCGUGAUUGAUAUGCGUAUGGGUUCAGGAUCAACGCCGUGAGAAUUUUAGAGCGUAAUGCCUAUACUUUUUUUAUGUUUUUGAUUAGACGUGGAUUUUGCAUUUUGUCCUUAUUAAACAAAUCUUGUUGUGAUUUCAAUUAGCUUAAAUAAAAUAUCUUAAUACCUAUAUCGAUGUGGGGAUUGUGAUGAGAUUUUCCGAGAAAAAUCUUGUCAGUCCAUGCAUGAUCUAUAUUUUACACGCAUUAUAGUUCAAAUGCUGAAAUAAAACACAUUUACAUCGUC